AUGUUUGAAUACCCCAAAGUGCUUGGUGUGCAUCCGGUGACGCAGGCGCCCGUUUCGCUCAACAUUGGCCCAUUUGGUUGGUACGUCGCGUCCGAAGUCGCCGGCGAAGUUCUCAGAGCAUCCAUCGGGAAAACCGUAUUGAAGCGCGUCGGUGCGGUCGAAAACGUCGAUAUCGACGAAGCUGUCGAAUUGUUGCGCAAAAAAGCCGAGCGCCCACCGCGCACGCGCGGUCGAUACGCUUCGAAAAAGACCAAGGCGAAAAAGGAGCCGAAGAAGGCGAAGGAACCAAAGCCGAAGAAGGAGCCAGAGGCAAAGAAGGAAGCCAAAUAUCCAAAGGCAAAGAAGGCGCCGAAGCCCAAGGUGGAAGUUCCAGGAAUGAAAAAACCGCUCACGGCCUUUUUCGCGUUCUCGGCGGACGAACGCGCGUCAGUCAAGGCGGAAAAUCCAACCUUUAAAGUCGGCGAAGUCGCCAAGGCGCUCGGCGAGCGGUGGGCCUCGCUCGAUCCAGAACGCAAAGCCAAGUACGAGAGCGAUGCCAAGACGGCGAAAGAGGCGUACGCUGCCGCGCUCGCGGAGUUUUCAGCGUCCAGCGAAUCGUCUCGCGAACCUUAG